GUGACGUUAAAAUCCAGCGACGCAAUCACGCUCAACGCUUUCACGAUGGCGGUAUACACACGUAGUUAGUCAAACAAAAACAAUGCCGAAGACCAAGUAUUACUUCAAGAAAAGACUGGACAGAAGUCGCAUUUGAUAACAACGCUGUCGUAAGAUGACAGUGUGCACUUAUUUUCUACAAGGCCGUUGUCGUUAUGGCGACAAAUGCAGGAAUGAGCACCCCAGAGGAGGCAGGGGAGCAGGCGGAGGAGGAGGAGGUGGAUAUAACAACUACAGCCGCCCACCUCCUCAGCAACAGUCCAGAGGAGGCGGUGGUGGAGUAUAUGGAAACAGAGUUUGGGUGAACCCCUCUCAGAAAUCUGGAGGAAACUACAUCCAGCCCUCGUCCUUCUCCUCUCAUGGGGGCGAUGGCUGGGGCGGAGGAGGAGACAGGGGCACGGCCAGAGCCGGAGGAAGAAGAGAUGACACCAAGAGCUCCGAGUUCACUUUCUCCACCCAAAACAGAUUUUCAUCACUCAACUCUCCCAGCACCUUUGAUAGAGGAAGAGGAGGAGGUGGAGGGGAUGAAAAUGACAAAAACCUGGAGACCAUUCAGAAGGACAUGGAGAUUUGGGAGAGUUCAGGACAGUGGACUUUCUCGUGUUAUUCUGUCCUCAAGGGAACUAUAUCUGGUUUCACUGAUCUUGCUCCAGAAGAGCUGAGGUUGGAGUAUUACAACACCAGAGCUUCAGGAGGAGAUCUCCAGAACUAUACUAAUGGUGUAACUCAGCUGCUCAGCCAGUGGAGAAACAGGGUGCAGGAACUGAAGGCGAUGAAUGCCUCCACCCGUGUUGCUGUGCUUGCAGAGUUAAACAACACAGGAGCUCCGGCGUCUUCAGGCGGCUUUUGGUCAAGAACAGGCACCGGAUUUGGGUCCUCGUCAUCCAGUUUUGGGUCCGGAGGCUUCGGGGCUCCAGCGCCAGCCCAGGCUAGUAGUUUCAGCUUCGCCGCUCCAUCUAAUGUGUUUGGUUCCUCGGUGGCCCCGGCAGCCUCCACAGGUUUCGGUGGUAUGGCAGCAGCUUCCACACAACCUCCCUCUGGGUUUGGCUCCUCCUCUGCAGCCUCCUCUGCUCCUUCUGUAGCCAACUUCUCUUUCACUCCAGCAGCCAACAAGGCUCCAGCUGCUUCAGCAUUUGGCUCUGCUUCGGGGUUCAGCUUCUCAGUAACAACAAACACCGGAGGAGGGUUUGGGAGCAACUUUGGAGCUGGAACAGCUGCCACAGCAGGCAGCGGGAGUGUGUUUGGACAGACAAGCGGAGGCUUCGGGGGGACUGUGGCUGGUGCUGCGGCAGAGUCAGGGGCUGCUCGGGGAACAUCGGCCAGUCUCUUCACCCCGCAGAGUGAGCUGACUCCAGAGGAACUGAAUCAAUUUGGGGCCAAAAGGUUCACCCUGGGACAGGUCCCUCUGAAGCCUCCCCCAGCUGACAUGCUGGCGGUCUGACUCCAAGCUGAGGAGAUGAUACUGAGGGGAAGGGUUAGAGAGCUGUUGAAUAAAGACAUGUUUCUUGAAAGCUUUGUCCGGACAGUGCAUUUGCUAAACCUGAAACAAUGCAGAUUUUCCAUUUUCAAGAUGCAUCUAAUGAGGGCUUGCUGAAAAUGGGGCUUAAAAUGAAUCAUGUUAAGAUUUGCCUUAUGAAAGUCUCGUCUUAUGAAAUUGCUUAUAUUGGUUACACUUAAGGUGUGUUUUUAUGUGCAAGUUGAAAUUUGUGUUGAUUCCUACAGAGUAAAUUUGACUUCUCAUUAAAUUUCUUCUAAAAUACA